AUGAGUGCCUAUGCGGAAGCCUUGAGAAGCCCUAGACGUCUAGACACCGUACCUCUUCGCCGCCGCAAUGGUCUCUGGUGUAGUCUUGCCCUUUUCCUUCUCCUCGCGAUUGAUUCUCGUCGCAGCGGCACCAAGUCCAAUCACCAAGGCAAAGAUGGGGUCCGCGACCUUGGAGAUGAUAUACGCAGGUGGAGGAGCCAUGGUGUGUGUUUGCGUAUUGUCGUCGUCGUCGCGGGAGGUCGCGUCGUCCCUCCCUCCCACGGAUCAAUUUUGAAAUUUCCUCUAGGUUAUCAAAUCCAGGAUCUCACGUCGCAGCAACUUUCACCAACCGCCCAGUACGCCCAGCACCCACCGACAGCGCAGGUCAAAAUGAAGUUCCUCAAGGUCGGCAGAGUCGCCAUCAUCACCCACGGCCGUUACGCCGGCAAGAAGGUCGUCAUCAUCCAGCCUGUCGACUCUGGCAACAAGGCUCACCCCUUCGGCCACGCCCUGGUCGCCGGCAUCGAGCGCUACCCCUCCAAGAUCACCCGCCGCAUGUCCAAGACCCGCCAGGAGAAGCGCAACAAGAUCAAGCCCUUCGUCAAGCUUGUCAACUACAACCACUUGAUGCCCACCCGCUACACUCUCGAGCUCGAGGGCCUCAAGGGCGUCGUCAGCAACGACACCUUCAAGGAGGUCACCCAGCGUGAGGAUGCCAAGAAGCAGGUGAAGAAGGUUCUGGAGGAGCGUUACACGAGCGGAAAGAACAGAUGGUUCUUCACGCCUCUGAGUAUGUCACUCUCUCUCCUCACAUCCAACGUUUGCCAUCUUUCCUCCGGGGGCUCCGUUCCCGGCGAGGCAGAGGCUAUGCGUCGGCUACUGGCAAUUCGUACAUGUACUAAUACCAAGCACAGGAUUUUAAAGGACAAACCGUUUUCUGCAAUCGUCAACAGGUCGGGGAGUUGGGCUGGCUUGUAA